AUGAUGGCUAAGGAUGUAGGCAUCGAAUGCGACGACGAACCACCUCAUCGAAUGUUCUAUUACGAUAGCAAAUACAAGGUCUGCCAGCCAUUCCGAUAUCUCGGAUGUGGUGGUAACUCGAAUCGCUUCAACUCGGCCGCAGAGUGUCGCGAAAAUUGCCGCGCCGGACUCGCAACCGCGGUGGCUGCAUCUCGGAGUGCAGCUGCUGGUGUGGACGACGUCUUCGUACCAAAUGGAAACUCGCACGAUCAAUGGCUGAAAGCUGAAAGAUGCGGUUCCAACUAUUUGAUUCCCAAUGGGCAAUACAUCAAACCGAAACCUUACUGCCCAUUACACCAUGUGCUUCAGAAUGGUGUGUGCUGUCCCACGAAAGAUUUUGUUUGUUCGCUUCGUGACGAUUCUGGACAGUUCGCCGAAGGCAUCGAAGAUCGACCACGAUUUUCAUGGAAUCAUGCGGUGGGAUCGUGCGAUCGUUUCAGCUAUUUCGGUGCUAAUGGAAACUACAAUAAUUUUCCGAAUUUUUACAGUUGUGUGAAUUAUUGUAAGGAUUCGGAGAAGCUGUUAAUAGACCCUGGUAGUUAA